AUGAAGACAGAUGAUUGCGAAAGCGCCGUUGCUCUAUCGAAAGUGCCUUUGAGAGCAGAUUCCUUUGACGAUGGCAUCCGUCCAAGGAACUGGCAAGGAAAACGCGUCGGUUGCAAAGUCCCACUGCGGAUGCUACGCCUCUGCUUCCUUGGGGUUCUCCUACCGACGUUGUUCGUCGCGGGCCCGGUGUACCUUAGGUAUCGUGUCUUCUCCGAGCAGCUCUACCCCUUGGCGGUCUCGGAUCAGCGACUUAUCGACGGCAAGAUAUCGACCACUUGGUGCCAGCGCCAAAUAAUUAAGACCAACGCCACCUUCAAUGCCUACUUAAUGAAUGGCACACCCAAUAUAAACAGAGAAGUCAUUCCUGUAACAAUGAUGAGAUAUCUCGUACUCGAAGACGACAUGAAGGAAUACUGGGGAUUUUAUCUUCUUCGGGGUAGCAGCGUUACCGUUUCUACCUGUGUAAGAUGGCCAGGUGCUUCUCUCACCAUGAUUCGUGGCCAUAAGCAUCUGCACGAGUGUGCCUUUAUCGGUGACGAUAGUAGCGAGGAACUCGAAGAGCUCAUCGAGGUCGCGCAGGAGCGCGGUUUACUGCAGACCUUUAGUGAUAGAAAUACAAACAACAGUAGUCCGAUCAACGAACCCUCGCGGAUGAAGCGCGUCAAUCAGAAUGUCCAUUUUCACCAGAAGCUCAACGACACCGUCGACUCCUUUUCCACGAGGCAGCAACAUCUGCGACAGGAGCAGUUUCGGCAGAAGGAGGUGGAACAGCAGCGACAUAAUUAUCAUCAUCAUCAUCAGCAGCAGCAGCAGACUCUCGAUACGAAGAAGUUGCAGAAGGAUGCGCUUAGCAAUCUACGGCAUCACUACGAUAGGGUAUUCAAGGAAAGCGGAAAUAUCGAUAAGCCGCCUAUUUUCGAUGACGCAGAAUUCAUUAGGCAGGAGCUCUUGUCGUUUGAUAAGCCCGUGAUGUCAGCAACCGAAGGCGACCUUGAACGCGUGGAUCUUGGUCGUCAGAUGGCGAAGAAGUUACAUACUCUUCCAGCGGUAUCGCGUGCCACUGAAGAAAUAAAUACAAAAGAGUCAUUCGUCAGGCCAAUAACGAAAGUGAGCUCGACAAUAAGUUCAUCGACCGAAGAUGUGUUUGAAGAUUUACUAGAGAAAUUGCAAGGGCUGGGCGAUGGAGCGAAAAAAGUAUUGGCUAAAUUAGUAGAAAAAAUCAAUGUGAAGGAUCUUGAGAGCAAAAGGCGGUUAGAGAAAGUCAUAAAUGAAGUUGCCUACAAGGAACAAGAAAGAGAAAAGAGAGAUCUCUUUUUAUCGUCGCCAUUGAGUGCUGGAUUGUCGAAGGAUGACGAGGAUAACGAUGCUGCAAUCGAAGAGGAAUUACUUCAUCCAGAUGGAAUUGCAGAAGAUCGUGGCACGGUUACUGAAAAUACCUUGAACGAUCGUAGUAAUUCCGAGUUCUGGAGUUCAUUUAGUAGUUCCGAAGAGAGAUUACUAGAAUGUAAGGGUUUGAUAUUGAAUCUUCCUUUAACGCCUCAUCGAUUUUGCGAAUCAAGGUUUGAACACUACCAUACCACGGCUGCGGUUGCUAAUACAAUAACAUAUAGAGUACCAAUGGACGGUUACUAUUUCUUCGUGUUCAGCUCGGAAAACGAGAUCCAGCCGAAUUACUUGCGAAUUAAGUUCGAGCUGCUCAAGACAACGUACGAUACGUCGGAUCCUGUGUUCGAGUGUAAAAACAUCACGAGCGAAUGUUCCCUGCCAAUUCGCUUUUUCAGCAACGAGCGAGCGGUCCUCGAGCUUCCGGUCGGCAGCAACGAGUCCCAGUGGAACGAGGAGUUCAUCGUCAUAUCGACCUGUGAGCCGAGGACCGCCGUCUACCUCAUCUGCACAAUGGCUGUGCCGCUUCUUAUUUUAAUGUUCGCUUUUUAUUGACCGCGAGAUAUGUCAUAUCUUAUUUAUCGCUUGGGAUGUUGAAUUAUUGUUAAGUGUUGAAUGGGAAGCUUCGGCGUAUUU